AUGGCGCCGCUCGGUCCGCCUCCGUACACGGCCGAACAGCUCCAAGCGAUAACCUCACAUCAAGAACGUAUUCGCGCCCAGGCAGAGCUCACCAGCUACAUUACGCGCGCCAGGAGAGAGAGGCAAGAGAGGGAAGAGCGCGAGAGGCUUCAGUCGAACGCUUAUUCUGGCUCUGGUUACCGCACCACCUCCGGCAGCUUCAACCAUUACACUCCUCCCUCCAUUCCUUCCUACGCCCCCGUUCAUAACCCCGUCUUCAAUCCCGUCUAUACCCCCGUCUCUAAUACUUCCUACAACCCUCCGUACAACAAGUUCAACCAACGCGGUGGCUAUGGUAGAAGCAGAGGCCGUGGCGCCGUAGGCAGAGGCAGAGGCUACACACCCUACCACCCCUACGCGCGUCCUCCCAAUGCACCUACGUACACUGGAUUCGCUACUGAUUCCAAUGGCACAAAGGAUGAUAUGGAUACUGCCGAGGAUGCUCAUGAGUGGAUGAUGCCGAAGACUGGAACUUCUCCGAAGCCACAGCAGUUCACACAGCAGGCGGACUUCGUUGCAUUUGAGAACGACGACGAGUAG